AUUUGCGUAAGCAGGAGGGAGCGAACAAGAGGCUGUUACAGUCAUAGAAGUCGGAUACGUACACGACUCCGAUUUCAAAAAAUCAAAUCUCUCGGCGAAGAAUCUCGAAUUGCGAUUGCAAACUAUGGCUUCAUGUGGCCUCUGGACGCCGCCGUCUUUCUCUCCCCGCCGGAGACUCUCUAACUUCUCUUCCACUCGCCGGCCUCCAUUCUCGGUGAUCAGAUUCGACAAAGAGCGCGUCUCACGAAGAGUCUUCUGCAGCUACAGCCAGGAGAACAACAAUAAGGAUCGGCCUCAAUCUUCCGGAAUUCAAGUCUACGGCGAGAUCGAGAGGUUGCUAACAGAGACUGUCAAGCAAUCUCAAAGUAGCUCCGCUGGAUCCGCCGACUGGUCAGAAGUCGAGGGAGCUUGGGUGCUCAGACCUAGAAACUCGAAUCCAAAGAUGGUUGCUCAUUUCAUUGGUGGCAUAUUCGUUGGUGCAGCACCUCAGCUUACCUAUCGACUGUUUCUUGAGAGAUUAGCUGAGAAGGAUGUUUUGGUUAUUGCCACACCAUAUGCUAGUGGUUUUGACCAUUUCGCUAUUGCCGAUGAAGUUCAAUUUAAGUUUGAUAGAUGCUGCCGAUCUCUACAUGAAUCUGUGCAGGAUCUUCCAUCUUUUGGGAUCGGUCAUUCUUUGGGAUCCCUCAUUCACCUUCUCAUUGGUAACUAUUGUGAAUCUUUAAAAACUGAUUCAGCUCUCAUUAGUUUUUUUUUUUUAUCGAGUUGGUUUGCUUGUAAUUUAGGAUCAAGGUAUGCUGUUCAGCGAAAUGGGAAUGUUUUUAUGGCAUUCAACAACAAGGAAGCGAGCUUAGCUAUUCCUUUGUUCUCCCCAGUUCUCGUCCCCAUGGCUCAAAGCCUUGGACCAUUGUUAUCACAAGUAGCAACAUCCCCAACAGUCCGCCUUGGGGCAGAGAUGACCCGAAAGCAAUUAGAAACUCUCAGCCCUCCCAUCAUGAAGCAAAUUCUACCACUAGUGGAACAGCUCCCUCCCCUGUACAUGGACUUGGUGAAAGGAAGAGAAGAUUUUAUUCCAAAACCAGAAGAAACAAGACGCCUUAUAAGAUCCUACUAUGGAAUCUCAAGGAAUCUGUUGAUAAAGUUCGAGGAUGAUUCAAUAGAUGAAACACCAAUCCUAGCUCAGGUGCUUGGCGUGGAAUCAUCCAUAAGCUCAAAGCUAGACAUGUCUAUCCGUACUCUUCCAGGGGAUCACGGUCUUCCUCUGCAACAGUCCCUCCCAGAUGUCCCACCAGCAAUGGCUGACGCUGUGAAUCGAGGAAGUGAGUUCUUGGCGAAUAUGGCUGUUGGAACACCGUGGGAGUCUGUGGCUAAAGAGGUUGGAGGUACGCUCGGAAUGGACUCGAAGAUUCUUCGUGCAUACACGUCCAAAGAUCUUGCUCAGCUCGUCGAUGCAACCACAUCUUGGAUGGCUUCAAAUAUGGGUCCAAAACUUCUGAGAUCAUAGUGUUGUUUACACAUGUACACAAAGUAAUCUAAUAAUACAGGUAAAUGUAUAAAUUGAAGUGGACGAAUGAUCAUUUGCUUAUAUAUGUAUUAUUAUAACUUGUUUGUAGACAUCAUUACAUAUAUUUAGCACUCUAGAAUGCA